AUGUUACGCAAUAAGCACUGCUUCAUCAAAAUAGAUAUUUGUAGCGGCCCCACAUUUGAAAAUCGUGAUCCAAAUUUUUCAAUAACCCAAUGGUUAGAAUCUAACGAUUCUAUGCGUGCCUGUCGGCAAUGCAAAUCAUGCCUGAUUAUUGCUGGUACCAAUGAUAUAUGCGGAAAGUCAAUUGACCAAAUUAUGGCUGAUUUGAAUAUACUGAUUGCAACAUUAAAGUACAAAUAUCGAUCAGUUCAGUGCGUGUACGUACACGAAAUUAUUAAUCGAAUGAAACCAUGUUGGCAACAGCAGACACGAGAAGCAAUGAUGAAUGACAUUCGUCAGUAUAAUGAAAGAUUACACGACAUGGCACCUACAUACGGCUAUACAGUAGUCACAACGGACAUAAAAGACAAAGACUGA